UCCCUUACCCCAGUCUCUCAUCCUCUUUGCUGAGUGAUCAGAGGGGGCCUCCUGGCUGCACCUUCCUGGAGGGGGGCCGGGGUGGGCGGCAGAGCUGGAGGCUCAGGGCUAGGGACCCUCGAUCUGGCAGCCAUUCACGUCAGGAAAUAAAAAAAAAGAACAGUUGGGCUGCCGCAGCCUGACCUAGACCUUGCUCACAGUAGCUCCACUUCCCUCUUUCCUGGGGAGGCUUCAGUACCUGCUCUCUCAUGCAACCUGCUGCCUCCACCCAGAGCAGCGGUUCCUUCCUCCCCUCCUGAAAAGAUGCUGAGGAUGACAGCUUUUAGUCUGACUCUUAUGUUUCUUUGGCAGCACAGUUAGAGGCCAGGCUGGCCUGUGAAGGCAUCCCCUUCAUUCUCUUUUCCUUGGGAGAAAACUUAGAAAGUUUUCACUGUUAGAAGCAGAGGAGCUGGGAACCUGAAAGUGGGUUGCAUCUGAUUCUGAAAGUUCCUCUCUCUCACUGUCAUUACCUUAUGCUGCCACAAAGUGGUGAGUUAGAGAUUUGCCUGGACUGGUGGUCUUUACCUUCCAUGGAUUACCCAGGAUGUAGAGAAGCAUUCAGACCUGGAGCAAGGGGACAGGGUUGUUUCUGGAAAGGUGAGAGGGAGGAAUGCUCCAUUGUUAGCAUUCUUGUUCCCACAUUGCAGAGGCAAAUGCCAAAUUGCUUGCAUUUUCCUGCAGGCCUUGACACCAUCAGAGGCAGAGGAUAUAGGACUUUUUCUGGUGCUCUGGGAGAAGACUAGACUGGGGAACUUCAGCUAUGUAGACAUCGAGGCUGCGUGGGUCUGUGGAUCUAACCCCCACCCUGCAUUGGCUCAGGUCCCCGCAAAGCCGCCCCACCUGUUGUGUGAACAGAGAACAGGCACAUGGUCAGUGGAGGCCUGAGGGAUAGUUGAGAGGGGUGUGGGCCAGCCCCUCACAGGAGGAAGUUUCUGAUGAUCGUCAAUUCCAUGUAGUUGCUUUAGGGCCCUGACUGAAAUCUGUUGCUGUAGGGCCCUCAGAUCUGGGAGGACUGGUCUCCUAGACCCAGAGCCUAUUCUUAUGAGCUGUUGUGUCCUGGGUUGAGAUUCAGAGCAGCAACAGGAAAGGACCUGGCAGGCCUUGGGGAGGCCUCAGCCAGAGCCUCGCUGCUUUGAUCCAUCUUAGGUAUUGGGCUUCCAAGUUAGAAGGGUUUUUUUGGUUUUUUUUUUUUUUUUUUUUUUUCAGAAAAAGUUAGGUUACUGAAAUUCUUGUUUUAGACACCAGAGCCUUAACCGGUCAGUUUCCCCCUGCUUUCCUUGGAGCAUGAGCAGAACUUGUGACGUCUUUGUAUCAUAGGCAGAUCACCCGGACGCUCACCUGUGAGACAGCUAAUUGAAGAGGCUUGGCAAACCAGUCAUCGGGGAAGGCAGAGCCUCCCUGCUAUUGCUGGCACCCUGCCUCGAAGACACCCCCUCCCCCCCCAGGCAGAGCCCUGUAGUCUGUCUUGGUUAAUGACUUGGGCCGCCUGACCAGUCCCUCUCUGUGCCUUGUCUGAGGUCCGCGUCCAUACCUGAUCCUGGGCAGCUUCUCUCUCUGGUGUGGGUCACCUUAAGCGGGGAAACUGAAGCCAUUACUCUCCAAACCCUGUUUCAUCUUCCCAAGCAUGUCGGAAAGCUGGCAGCAGCCGCCGCAGACACAGCCGCAGCAGCCGCAGCCGCCCCAGCCUCAGCACCACGCAGAACCACCACCAGCCCUGGCUGAACACACAUUGCCUCCAGGCACGGCUGAGAACCCCUUGGGCUGUGCGGUCUAUGGCAUCCUCCUGCAGCCAGACCCGGGCCUGCAGCCCCCGCAACACGCACCGCUGCAGGCAGCCGGCGAGCCGGGCCCCAAGUGCGGCGUGUGCGGUCAUGAUCUGGCGCACCUUUCCAGCCCGCAUGAGCACCAGUGCCUGGCCGGCCACGACCGCUCCUUCCAGUGCACACAGUGUCUCAAGAUCUUCCACCAGGCUACCGACCUGCUGGAGCACCAGUGUGUGCAGGCGGAACAGAAGCCUUUUGUCUGUGGCGUCUGCAAGAUGGGCUUCUCGCUGCUCACAUCCCUGGCGCAGCACCACAGCGCGCACAGCGGCACAGGGGGACUCGUGAAAUGUUCCAUCUGCGAGAAGACCUAUAAGCCCGCCGAGGCGGCCGAGCCCGCAGCCGCUGCUGCCCCCUCGCUGCCCCCUGCGGCCCCUCCGCCUGCCGUCGCCCCUGCGGAACAGACCGACAAGCCCUACAGCUGCCCCAUCUGCCAGAAGCCCUUCAAGCACCUGUCGGAGCUCUCGCGGCACGAGCGCAUCCACACUGGCGAGAAGCCCUACAAGUGCACGCUGUGCGACAAGAGCUUCAGCCAGUCAUCGCACCUGGUGCAUCACAAGCGCACGCACAGCUCGGAGCGGCCGUACAAGUGCGCCGUCUGCGAGAAGACCUUCAAGCACCGCUCGCACCUGGUGCGCCACAUGUACGCGCACUCGGGCGAACACCACCUGUUCCGCUGCAACGUGUGCGAGCUGCACUUCAAGGAGUCGUCUGAGCUGCUGCAGCACCCUUGCACGCCGAGCGGGGAACGGCCGUUCCGCUGCGGCGAGUGCCAGAAGGCCUUCAAGCGGCCGUCGGACCUGCGGCAGCACGAGCGCACGCACAGCGCUGAGCGGCCCUUCAAGUGCGACUUGUGCCCCAUGGGCUUCAAGCAGCAGUACGCGCUGAUGCGGCACCGGCGCACGCACAAGACCGAGGAGCCUUUCAAGUGCGGCCUGUGCGAGAAGGGCUUUGGGCAGCCCAGCCACCUGCUCUACCACCAGCACGUGCACACCCUCGAGACCCUCUUCAAGUGCCCCGUGUGCCAGAAGGGCUUCGACCAGUCGGCCGAGCUGCUGCGGCACAAGUGCCUGCCGGGCGCGGCCGAGAGGCCCUUCAAGUGCCCCGUGUGCAACAAAGCCUACAAGCGGGCGUCAGCCCUGCAGAAGCACCAGCUGGCCCACUGCUCGGCCGCCGAGAAGCCCCUGCGCUGCACCCUGUGUGAACGCCGCUUCUUCUCGUCCUCUGAGUUCGUGCAGCACCGCUGCGACCCGGCAAGGGAGAAGCCGCUCAAGUGUCCGGACUGCGAGAAGCGCUUCAAGUACGCCUCUGACCUGCAGAGGCACCGGCGGGUGCACACGGGCGAGAAGCCCUACAAGUGCCCCAACUGCGACAAGGCCUUCAAGCAGCGCGAGCACCUCAACAAGCACCAGGGCGUGCACGCCCGCGAGCAGCAGUUCAAGUGCGUGUGGUGCGGCGAGCGCUUCCUGGACGUGGCCCUGCUGCAGGAGCACAGCGCGCAACAUAGCGCGGCCGCCGCGGCGGCCGAGGGCGCCUACCAAGUAGCCGCUUGCCUGCCCUGAGUCCUCCGGCAGCCUCCACCAGGCUCGGACGGCCUCCUGGCACCAUCCCUGCACCUGGCUCGGUGUUCCGAGGCUCUGGGUGAGGGGGACAAAACGGCACUGGGCAGGUGGUGGGUGUGGGUCCCUGGCACUCCUGCACCGGCGUGGAGGUGGGGGGCAGAGGGCUGUGGCUGAUCCUGAUUCCACGAACCUCUUUCCUACUACAGGAUUCAUUUUCUUGAGAGCUGUCAGCCUCCCUUGUCUUGGGGGCGGGGGCUGGAGUCAGGCAGGAAGUCAAGUGGUCUCUCUCCACCCCAAGGAGAGGGUGGUUCUCAUCCCACCUUCCCAAAGCUCUCGGCUUAAUUAGGAACCACAUAGGUUAGGGAAGAGGAAGUUCAGGGCAGGGCCUGGACUCCAGCCGUGAGCUGGGUCUAGGGGAUCCUCCUUCAAGUUGCUGUUUGAUGUGGUCCUGGGACCAGGAGGGCCGACCGUGAGCCACAGGGCUCUCAGGCAGCUUCAGCCCGUGGGGCUGCAUCCUCCAGGUUUCUGACAAGCCAGAUGUUGAGGAGGGCUGCACGUCUGUGGGCUGGGGCUGCUUGGAGAGCAGUUGGCCCGGCCAGGGGCGGUGCUGUCCAUGGGGAAGGGAGGAAAGGCCGUGUUUGUACCGAGGGCUAGUCCCGCUGUUGUGGAUGUGCCUCUCCCACCUUCAAAGCCUGGUUCCAGGCUCUGGUAGGGAGUGUGUUCUCAGCCAGAUGAAACUGCUGAUGGGAAAGAAGGGGAUUGGUAGACCACCUGGUGCCCGGGAGGAAGCAGGGCCAAGCCCAGGAUCUUCCCAGUGGAUGGGAAUAAGUGUCAUCCCGCUUGAAUCGUGUGAACCAAAGCCUCAGGGGCACAGCUGCAGUCAGCUGGCCCCAGCCCUGCUUCAGGGCCAAGACCAUGCCUGGGUACCCAGGAUGGGGGAGGUAAAAACUCCCUCCCAGCCCAUGGGCACCCGCCCCCAUCAGUCCGGCUGCUGGCCUGGACUCCAGGGGUCUUGCACUGCUGAGAUGCUCUGGACAACAUCCAAUUCCUUCCAAGGCCAGAGUGUUCUCCCUUGGAUCCUCCUAGGGUCCCCCUAUGUCUCUGGCGGCCAAGGGCUGAUGUAGCCGAGGGUGUCCAGGACAGAGGGGUGGGCAGGGGAAGAGGAUGCUUAAGGAAACCAGUAAGUCAAUGGAGUUGACUGGUAUCGCUUGACAGCCAGGGCUCUCCUCAGGAAAGCUGGAAGUCCUUGACUGUCAAAACCAUCCUUCUGAACCUCUCUGCCCAACCCCCUUUUCUGGUCAUGGGCCUUAAAAGGAGACUUUGAUCAGUGCGCACCCCAAGGGCCCAGGGGAGCAGAGGGACCCACCUCGUCCCACUGUCACCUUCAGAAGUCUGUGAAGCCCACAUCCACCUCCUCUGUCUGACUGGGGUUUCUUUCUGGGCCCGCAGAGAGGGGCUCUUCCUUGCCCUCGGUGCUGGCUUUAGUCACAACGCCUCCAAAGACAUGGAACCCAGGCUAACAAUGGUCCCAACUGCGAAUUUUCUCCUCUCAUGUUGCUUUCUAAAAGCAGUUGUUAUACUGUUCAUAACAUUGUAUAGUUUAAUUUCAUGUCAUUUUGGAUCUUAUAUAAAAACGUGAGAAUCUGGAUUUUUAAAAAGAAUGACUCCAUUUUAGAUAGCCCCUUUUGAUGUUAAUUUAUAGUGAGUCCAAUGUAUGCUUUAGAAGUAAAGACAUUGACCUUCACAGACCAAA